CAUAUCAGUGAAGCCCGCCAUCAAAGUAUCCUGGCAAAGCCCGAUUUUAGCAUUAAACGGACAACCACGACAAGCUUCACGCUGCAGUAAAGCGUCACUACUUAAGGAAGACAUAAAUGUGGUGAUUUGCCUUCUGACUGUGUAUAAAAUCGGUAAUAUCCACGCGCUGCUUCCAUUUGUGCUGUUAAGUCUCGAAGCGGUUCUCAGUGUAGAGCCCAUUUCACUGUCACCGAUGUCCUCUCAAGCAGCCAUUACGGAUACAACAAUGAUGGCAAAUGACAGGUGGAGACUGAAUCACGUCAAGGGGGAUCUGUUCUCAUGUCCCACGGAUGAGGCUCUAGCCCACUGCAUCAGCGAGGACUGCCGCAUGGGGGCAGGCAUUGCAGUGACAUUCAAGCAGAAGUUCAGAGGAGUCGACGAGCUAAAGGGACAGAAAAAGCAAGUAGGGCAGUGUGCUGUACUGAAGAGAGCCGAACGUUUUGUGUAUUACCUGAUCACAAAGAAGAAGGCGAGCCAAAAACCAACCUAUGACAGCUUGAGACAGAGCUUGGAGGACAUGAAAGUGCACUGUAUUAAAAACGGAGUUACACGAAUUUCGAUGCCUCGUAUCGGCUGUGGCCUGGAUCGAUUGAAAUGGGAAACAGUUUCAGAGAUGUUGGAAGAGAUCUUUGAGUCUACGGACAUCUCCAUCACUGUUUACAGCCUUCCUGUGAAAGCUGAAACCACGGUGAUGAAGGGACACAUGCACAAAUGAUUUUUGGAAAUGUGCAUUAGCUGUCGUGGUUAUUUUGUCCACAACUGUUUGAGUUUAUCACUUACAUGUUUUCAUUGAAUAAAAACUAAUAAACUCUUUUUUGGCA